UUUUUUUUUCUUCUUCAGUAAAAAUGACUGUACCCGAAAAUCCCGCAAAGCUACUUGAAGCUCAGUUAGCUCAUCGACCAGAUAUUCAAGACUUGGUCGAAAGGAAUAUCAUCAAAGAUCCUAAAAUGGAUGCACAAGAAAAGAGAAGGGUUGAAGAAUCACUUCUUCAUAAAAUUGAUCAUCGUCCUACUCCCGAAGAGCUUGUUCAGCAUAACAUAUUAAAAGCCGAUCCUACUGAAGUUGCACCUGCGCUUCAAAAGAAUCAAUUUGAGCUUGAACGGAACAUGAUUCAUGAUAGUCUUGAAAACAAGCUUCAUGAAAGACCAGAUCGAGCUAAACUGGUUGAACAAGGUAUCUUGACAAACGACGAAACUUCUAAAUAAACAAUUCUAUUGGUCAAGUUUGCUCACACGCUUCAAACUGCAUAAAUACAUUGUUUUACUUACUUUUUUUGCCAUUUGAUUUCGUUGAUAUGAACCCUUUUCUUUCAUGUAGAAACAUACAGACUACACCUCUUUUAAGUUUUGAUAGCGUGUAUUUAUCAUAAAACAUAAA